GCGCCACCCGCCGUGCCCGUGGAAGCUAUUCUUCAAUCUACUUCCUACGUGCAGCGAAGUGUUCCGCUAGUUUUUCCUUAUAAAAUCGGUUGUAUUUCAUAAAUUUCGUGAAAUUUCCCCUUAAAAUAAAGUUUUUUCUGUGGUUGAACAAUGGCGGAUGAGGAUCAGCGCAUUCGUGACAUUCAACGGGAGUAUUUGGACUUCCUGGACGAUGAGGAGGACCAGGGGACUUACACGGCCCACGUUCGUAAAAUGGUCACGGACAAUGCCAGGCGCUUGGUGGUGAAUGUUAAUGAUCUGCGUCGUAAAAAUCCGGAUCGCGCUCAAGCUUUGCUGAGCAGUGCCUUUGAAGAGCAGCUGGCGUUCUCGCGUGCUCUCAAGGAAUACGUCUCUACGGUGGACCCCACCUAUGCCAAAACGCAAGAGGAUUUCUUCGUAGCAUUCGAGGGAAGCUUCGGCAACAAACACGUCACUCCGCGAUCGCUGACGUCCCGGUACCUGGGAAAUUUGGUUUGCGUGGAAGGCAUCGUUACUAGGGUUUCGCUGAUUCGGCCCAAGGUGGUCAAGAGUGUCCACUAUUGCCCAGCUACCAAGAAGGUUAUGGAACGUCGCUAUACGGAUUUGACCUCUUUUGAUGCCGUGCCAUCGAGUGCUGUCUAUCCCACCAAAGAUGACGAUGGAAAUCCACUGGAGACGGAGUUUGGAUUGUCCGUUUACAAGGACCAUCAGACGUUAAGCAUUCAGGAAAUGCCAGAGAAGGCCCCAGCUGGACAGCUACCACGGACAGUUGAUGUAAUCUGCGACGAUGAUUUGGUGGACCGUUGUAAGCCGGGAGAUCGUGUGCAGAUUGUGGGCAAUUAUCGUUGUUUGCCGGGCAAGCAAGGCGGAUACACAACGGGUACCUUCCGGACGAUUCUGAUUGCCAAUAACAUCUCCCAGCUGAACAAAGAAAGCACACUGAACGUUACGCGAGAGGAAAUCAACAUGUGCAAGAAGUUGGCAAAGCACAACGAUAUUUUCGAUAUUCUUUCCAAAAGUUUGGCCCCUUCGAUCCAUGGCCACGAGUACGUCAAAAAGGCCAUCCUGUGCUUGUUGCUGGGAGGAAUCGAGAAAAAUUUGGCCAACGGAACUCGCCUUCGAGGUGAUGUGAACGUGCUUCUCAUCGGAGAUCCCAGUGUGGCCAAGUCGCAGCUGUUGCGCUAUGUGCUGAAUACGGCUCCACGCGCCAUCACAACAACCGGACGAGGAUCCAGCGGGGUGGGUUUGACCGCUGCCGUCACCACCGAUCAGGAAACUGGUGAACGGCGUUUGGAAGCCGGUGCCAUGGUGCUGGCCGAUCGGGGCGUCGUGUGCAUCGACGAGUUUGACAAGAUGAGCGACAUCGACCGGACGGCUAUCCACGAAGUCAUGGAACAGGGUCGGGUGACGAUUUCCAAGGCAGGAAUCCAUGCCUCGCUGAACGCCAGAUGCUCGGUGCUGGCUGCUGCCAAUCCCGUUUACGGAAGGUAUGACCAGUACAAGACACCGAUGGAAAACAUUGGCCUUCAGGAUUCUCUGCUGUCCCGUUUCGAUUUGCUCUUCGUCAUGUUGGACGUGAUCGAUAGUGAUCACGAUCGGAUGAUUUCGGAUCAUGUUGUCCGAAUGCACCGUUAUCGCAACCCGAAGGAACAGGACGGCGAUGUGCUACCGAUGGGCGUCAACGCGGUCGAUAUGUUGUCCACCAUCAAUCCGGAAACGCGAGACGAGAAGGAAACCCCGAUGUACGAAAAGUAUGAUCCCCUGUUGCAUGGCAACACCCGCAAGAAGACGGACCAAAUUCUGUCGGUCGAUUUCAUGCGCAAGUACAUCCACAUUGCCAAGUGCUUGAAGCCGAAGCUGACGGAAGCUGCCUGUGAGCUGAUUUCCAACGAGUACUCGCGUCUUCGUUCGCAGGAUAUGAUGGAUUCGGGUGUGGCCAGAACACAACCCGUUACGGCCCGUACCCUGGAAACUUUGAUUCGUUUGUCGACCGCUCAUGCCAAGGCGCGAAUGGCCAGAACCGUCACGGAAAAGGACGCCCAAGCCGCGAUCGAACUGAUCCAAUUUGCCUACUUCAAAAAAGUCUUGGAGAAGGAGAAGAAGAAGCGCAAGCGUGCCGAGGAUGAUUCCGACGGAGAAGAACAGGAAGAAGACGAUGAAGAGGAAACACCGUCAGAUACUCAGCAGAGCUCCCGAGCCAGCCGACGUGCCAAGCGCACCCGUAUCGAAGACCACGAGGAGUCCGACUCGGAGGAAUUGGUCACAUCGGCACCGGAUGCUGGCGACCUUACCAAGCGACAGACCAUCUCGGCUCCUGAAGCCACACCGUCCACUGUUGCGAUGGAAACCGAAGAGGAACCCGCGGAGAUAUCCGAGGAUAGAUUCAAGAUCUUUAAGCAGGGCGUUUCGCAGGCAUUCCGACAGGCUCGGGAUCAAUCGCUGGCGGUGGCUCGGCUCACCAAGUACAUCGACGAAAACAGCGGAGCCGAGGCAUUCUCCAAGGGAGAGGUGAAGGCGGCUAUUGCUCGGAUGACCGACGAUAAUCAGAUCAUGAUGCACGACGACGUGGUGUUCCUGAUCUAAGUUUUGAGUUUUUUUUACUACUAUAUUGUGUACCUAACUACGUUUACUGUUAAAUUUAUCACUAGCUUAAGCAUCGUAAAAUUGUUCAAUAAAAGGUAAUUAUUGGAUUAAAUAUUACUUGA